AUGGCCCAUGCCCGUCCCGUGUUCUGGCUGGAGCUCGGCUGCUGGCUGGGUUGGGGCCUCCUGCUGGCCCGUUCCCCACAGGCCCAAACGGUGACCCGGAAAAGCACCCAGCAGCACGAUUGGGCCCCUGCGCGGGACCAGGCCGAUGGGCAGUCCCGCCAUCCCUUUCGUCUUGGGCCCGGUGGCCCAACGGGAGGCUGGGUCGAGGGGCGGGACUGGCGGCGGCCCCGCCCCGGGAGGAGCCUCCAGGCGCUGGUCGAGGAAGUGCUGGCGGAGGAGUCUGCCGUCUUCCCACAUCUCCGGUGUUUGGCGGCGACAGUUGGUCGGUCGCUGGUCUGUCCGGCGUUGCUGCUACGGAAACUGGACCGCGCCACUGCUGGGCUCUGGCCCGGAUCUGGUUGGGGAAGCCUCACUCUGGCACAGGAGCCGCCCGGAGCUGGCACAGGACGCCAGGGCCCAGGCGAAGUUUACUUCCAGCGCGGAGGAGGCCGGCCACCCGCCAGGAGGUCAGUACCCGGCGCGAGGGUGGAGCCCAAACGCUGCUUCGGCGCUGAGGGCGACCCUGACCCUCACAUUCCCAGACACCUCGCAGCCUUAGGGCCCCGGCCCACCCAUCCUGAUUCCUGCCCUGGGGCCCCCAGCGCUGGACCCCCCAGCCCACCUUUGGCCCCCCUGAGCCCCAAGUGGUUGGACACUGAGUGCCAAGUGCCAACAGGUGAAGGAGAAGACAGCGUGAGCCUCGGGGUGCUCCAGGAUGCCGGUCUGCUGGACCAUGAGCCCCUGCUGGGGGCUGCAGCCUCAGCCAGCGCCGUGGCCCCGCCACUGGAGGACGUGCCAGAGGCGGACAGUGGGGAGGACGAGUGCCCCAUCUGCACGGAGCCCUAUGGGCCCGGUGAGCACCGUCUGGAGCUACUGAACUGCGGCCACGGCCUGUGCGCGGGCUGCCUGCACCAGCUGCUGGGCGCCACCCGCAGCACCGACCUGGGCCGCGUGCGCUGCCCCCUGUGCCGCCAGAAGACACCCAUGCUGGAGUGGGAGAUCUGCCGGCUGCAGGAAGAGUUGCUGCAGGCCGACGGGCCCCAGCCCCCGCCGCCUGCCACACCACCAGUGUUGCCCCGCCGCGGCCCCGGGCCCUGGGCUGCCCUGGAGCACCGCUACCAGCUGCGCUUCCUGGCGGGGCCCAUGGGCGUCCAGGGCUGCCUGCCCUUCCUGCCCUGCCCACCCUGCCUGGGUGCCUGGCUCUGGGCCCUGCGGGAGCGGGGACCCUGCGCCCGCCGCCUGGCUCUGCUGAGCCUGCUGAGCCUUGAGCUGCUGGGGCUGCUGCUCAUCUUCAUGCCCCUCAUGCUGCUGGGGCUGCUCGUCGUGUUCCUGGACCGCGCCGGCCGCUGAGCGGGCCAUCGGGCACCCUGGACGCCAUGGGCUAAGGCCUGAGGCCCAGGCUGAAAGGCCCACAUUGAACCCAAGUCUUUAAUCAAGAGCUGCCUUCAUUAAACCCGGGAUCCUGGGUUUGGUCCUGGCCAGGUCAAAGAAGCGAGCACCACUCUGUGGCCAGACACUGUCCAGCCCAGGACACUCAAGGACAACUGUGGGAGGGGCCAGCCCCCUCCUGGCUGAGGCCCAGCCCAGGAUCCCCCUGUCUGCAAAGGGGUCUGGGCUGGGACUGCCAAGCUCAGUGGACAGGAGAGAGACCAGAGAAGUCCGCAGUGAGCCAGUGCUGUGGAGCGGGCA